UACGGUAGAUCGUGAGCGCGGGAACAAACGAAGUGAUUCCCUCCAAUUUUUGUUCCCUUUUCCCCUCCGGGGUUCUUGCUCUACUUCGGAUCACGUUUCCUUUCCAACAAUGCUUAACCUCACUCUCACAGAUUCUUCAAUUUUCUCAAAACCCUAGUUCCUAAUUUUCACUCAUCGGAACAUUCACAAUUUGGGGUCAAUUCAUGGACACUCCGCCUCUGCAAUCCGUGAAUGCGACGGAAGUUGGUGCCACUGAGACCGCCAAACGGGAGCUCCGAACUGUUCCACGUAAACUGGUUCAGUCUACGCUGCUUCCUCACAAGCCUCAAGAUCAGGAGGAGAAUGGAGUCGAUCGGGAGGAGGUGAACAAUUGCCGCGAGGAGGAGGAAUUAUGCGGUAGUCAGGGCAAGAAGAAAAGGAAGUCGAAGGGGAAGACGACGCCUCAAUCGCGAAGCUCAAAGAAGGCGAAGGAAAAGCGAGCAGUAAACUUGACGCCAAAGAAAAUUUUGAAUUUUGAAGAGACAACUCCAACAAUUCCCGACUUGCGUCUGGAGGCCAAAAUGACCAGAGAGGAAAAUUCACGGAUGUUUGCAGGAAGGCAAAUGCAUCCCUUCUUUUCAUCCCUGAAAGCAGGGAAGAAAGGUCAGGAGGCAACUCAAUCGGCAGAGAGAGGGUACACUGUUGAGAAAAAGGAAACUGGAACUGAUUGUAAUCCAAUCCACGUUUUUGAAGAAACUGGGGGUGAUAAUAUUGAUAAUACCAUGCAGGAUGAUGAACUAUCUCUAGACUGGAAAAACUGGACAUUCACUGACAGAAAUAUUAUACAUAAUGUUCAUACGUUACAAAAAACUUGUUCAUCAGUAUGUGAAAGCUCAAUAAAGUCUUUAAGUUUAGACGAUCUUCCAAUUGUGUUGGCACCCUCCGAUUCUGCUAAUGGUGCAAUUGAGGAGCCCGUGGAUCAUAAUUCCAUCAAACAAGAAUGCCUUAAAGAGUUAACGUCAAGUGUAUACAGUGUGGAUGUUGACCAGGAGACAAUGCUCCAUCACCUCCUAAGUAGUUCAAAAAUGGAUGAUAACCUGAAUAAAACACGCGGGAUUAGUGAUUUUGAAGCAAGGCCAAUUCCCGAGCAUCAAAGUAGAUUUCUUCAGGACAGAAUGCAGUCCUACUAUCUUCGUUGUCAAAGCCAUUCCAAAAAUUGUUUAUGGACAUAUAAGUAUCAGCCAAGGACGGCCAUGGAGGUAUGUGGUAAUCUCGAAUCAGUCAAGUUCUUGAGUGAGUGGCUACACCUCUGGUAUGAAAGAAAUUCACAGAAGAAAAAAGAUUUUGCUGGAGGGAAGAAAUUUCAGAAGCAAGAUAACAAUGGUUACUGUUCCCAAAGUGAUUCUGACUAUGAGAGUCCAGAUGAAGAGGAUGGCCUGAAAAACGUUCUUCUUGUCACGGGAUCAUCUGGGAGUGGGAAAUCUGCAGCCGUUCAUGCCUGUGCUGAAGAGCAUGGUUUCAGGGUUUUUGAGUUCAGUGCAUCUGUCAUUCGUUCAGGAGCUGUUCUCAAGCAGAUGAUUGGAGAGGCUUUACAAUCUCAUCAGCUAAAAUGGUCAGUAAAAAAAUCCCAGGGACCGAGGAACAAUUUUAUUGAGAAAUGCUCCUCUCUUCAAGAGAGUACAGCAGCUACAUGUUUAGCUAGUGAGGUGACUGAACUCAUCCCUUUAUCAGACGAUGAUUCUAAAGAUUACCUCAAAGGUGUUGGGGAGUUUGAAUACAUGGCAUCUGAAAGCCUCAACAAUCAAGUUGAAGCUAAGCCUUUAAUUCUUUUAGAGGAUGUGGAUAUCAUUUUUCUCGAGGAUCGUGGUUUUAUUUCUGCAAUUCAAGAGAUCGCUGAGACAGGAAAGGGACCCAUAAUUUUGACCAGCAAUAAUAGCGAUCCUGUUCUCCCUGUUAAUUUGGAUAGGCUACAGAUCUCUUUUAUACGACCAUCAUCAACGGAACUACUCGGUCAUUUAUAUAAGAUUUGUGCUUCUGAAGGAGUCAGCAUCCAACCAUGCUUACUUGAGCGCAUUAUUCAUUGUUGCCACAGAGAUAUACGGAAAACCAUUAUGCAUCUCCAGUUCUGGAGCCAGGGUACAAGAUUUAGAGAUAAAGUUCAGAAAAAGUAUGGGUCGCUUUUAUUUGAUAUUGAUGCUGGCCAUCAAAUACUGCCGGUGAUAAUGCCAUGGAGUUUCCCAUCUCAGUUAUCAGAGCUAGUUGACAAAGUGAUCACAAAGACGUUAAUAGAAAUGGAAACAAUUUGCUUGAUGGAGACAGAUGGAGGUGAAUUUAAUGAAGUGGAAAUGCAAAAUGGUCUGAACUACCAAAAUUAUGAAGCCAGCUGUCUUUUAGAGGCCAAGAAAGCAGCAAUGUUGAGUAGGAAUGGCUCAAUUGAAGAUCACAAUGAAUUUGUAGUUGAUUUUGAUACUGCACACGAGUGUUCUGAUAUUUCAGGAGCCCCCAUUCCUUUACCCAGGAAGAAGCAUCGAAGAAGGCUAGAUAUGGUGGUGUCUUCUGACUCUGAAGAUAUUCCUAUCAACAAGGAAUGCUCUCUAGUAUCAAAUACAGAUGACGGUUUAUUAUCAUCUCACCAUCAAAUAUCUCCAAAUUACCCAAGCCCAUUAAAUGGGUUGCUUUAUCAUAUGUCAGAUAAUCCUGUGGAAGAUUAUUAUCCAAGUUUAGAAACUGCAGGUGUACAUGUGAAUGAGAUGUCCAUGUCUGCUGCUACGUCAUAUGUGCCAGAAUCAAUUUUUGUUCCUGAGACUGAAAUCCACGAUAUGGAGCUGUUUCCCAAAAUGGUAUCUCAUGGUGAUGCUGGUGCCAGUCCAGAAAUUUCUAUGGAUGAGCUUUUUGAUAAUGUGUUAGCAGUUGAAGCCAAUGGUUUUAGUUCACCUUCACAUACUGUUCAAGAAACUACAGAUGUUUUGGAAGAUUCUUGCAAUGUAUUUAAUUUAUCUUGCCCAGAGGGGAAAGGAUUUUCUUGUAAUGGACAUAUGGAAAACAAUGUCAGAGGGUAUCCUGUGAUGGAUGAGUGCAGCCGUAUAGACUUUAACAAGUCCAAAUUUGUAGAGAAACCUGAAUUGGAAGUGUCAGGUGAUUCAGUGCAAGAAUUGUGGAAACAACUUCGUUUCGGUCGCUUAGAUCUUCUAGGAGAUCAUGUCACGCCAGAAAAGAAAGAAACCAUUCAGAUCAUCGAUUUAGUUCACAGAAUGAGCCAUCUAAUUUCAGAUUCAGACCUGCUUUCUUCGUGCCAACCACAAGAUAUUUUGGAAACACCAACAUUUGAAUUUGAGGAAUCAGACUCAUUCUCCUGGGGAGGUGAGCAAUUGCAGAUGGCAUCUACAAUUGCUCAGCAUGGAUUUAGCCUCAUUGCAAACGAUAUUGCUACCACGGGUUCUCAUGUCGGCUGUGAUAGCAGUGUGGAUAUUGUAUCAGAAAUGCUUGCCUCCACAACUAAUACAGCAGCAUUGGGUAAAUUAUUGAGGCAUUCUUCCACUACGAAGAUUUUGAAACCGAGCCUUCCAGGAUAUUGUCAUAUGCUAGACAGAGAUAUGAAAUCACACCUCUUCGACGUAAUUCAGAAGGUGGCUCCAAACAGAUUGUAUUUGUCACUGAAAGGUGUUCAAUUCUUUGAAUAUCUUUCUUCAUUGCGUUGUAUUUCAAGAUCAGAAACUUUACGUAUAUCAAGAGGCCCUGAUAAGACGAAAAGACGAAGGGGACGGGUUGCACGACAUUACUUGAGUACUGGUUCUCAUCUGUUCUCCCCCGAAGACAUAACAUUGCUGGGACAAUCUAACCUUCCAUACAAAGAUAUUCAAGGGUGUUGAUACUAUUUUCAGCAAUUCAUUCCCAAGGAAUGAUGCUAACAAGGUAGAGUUCACUAACACCUUUAUGUUACUAUGAUAUAAUUGAAUAGCUGUAGGGAAUAGCUCAAUAAAGCUGUUGAGAGGGAGGUCUUAAUUGCAUUUAGAUUAGGUUUUUAGGUCGUUUAUGUUUGUGAUUAGAUUGCCUCCCGUUUUUAUCAAGCUUGCUUACACUGAUUGAUUUUGUAACUUAUAGCAGUAAUUAAUAGAAAAUCCUUAUUUAUCAACAAAACUGUCUAGAUUUUCACUUUUUUGCUUUGUUUUGAAAGCCUAAAAAACCCUUCCUUGACAUGAUAGGAGCAUUCGCAUAUUUCCAUGAACUUGAAUGCGUCGUUCUUCACACUAACGUUUUGUAGUUUUGAAAGUUACUUCCAUAUUGACCACUACUCGUGAUUUGGAGUGUAUACAUGUGAAGUUAGGUUCUAAGGUUUAAAUAAGCGGUGACGUCACUUUUCUUUUUUUAUUUCAUGUUUGGAUUGACUUUCUAAAUAUUUUUUUAAAAAAGUAUUUAAAUCUGUAUCCAUUUUUUUCUCGUACAUUUUAAAUGGUCCGGUAGGUUUCUUAAAUAUCACUUUUAUGUCAACUAGGUCUGACUAUUUUUUUUUUAAAAAAAAGUUGAUUUGUUGGAUUUAAAUUCAAAUUGUCAAUGGAAUUUGAAAAUUUUAAUUCUCUAAUGGGUUGGCGAAUUUUUAAAGAACAAAUUUGUUGGUUUGGAAGUGUUACUGCAAACUAAUUUUGUAAUUCAACCUUUCUUUUGAAUCAUUCGGUAAAAUUGGCAUCAAUAAUAGGACUUCAGCCUUUAUUUUCUCAAUUUAAUUAAAAGGAACUGCUUUUUGAGAAAUGGAUCUCUAAAAGUGGAAGGCAAUCAAUUUUCCAGAGUGGCAUUUGUAUUUUGAAUCUUCCAUCAAGAUAAUUUCCUAUUUGUUAAGUUUUCAUUGAUUGGACAUCUAGGAUUUUGCUGUUAGUAUUGGAUUUGUAGUAUAGCCUCGUUCUCAUUAUGAAACUUGUGCACCAUUGAUUC